AUGGACUUUUAUCUGGCCUGUUUUAUUACCGGAGCCGGAAGCCAUUACGUCGCUCAUAACUUCAGGUUUGCCACGAUUCCCUUCUCGAGGCAUUUGUCGAUCGAUCUCGUAUUGAACAGCCGUCGCUCACAGUGUUGGGUUCUUAUUUUCUUCGGUGUCCUUUGUGUACAAGGGGGAGAGAUGACGCUCACUGUGUUCCCACGCAACGUACCUUCAACCGACAAGGCGCGCAUUCCAACACCCAACCUGCCCCCACCCUACACCUGGACGGGCACAAGACCUGGUGAACUAAGAGCCAAUCCCUCCGACUUCACUCGUACCUCAACCCUCCUCAUAGGUCCCAAAGCCACGCCAUUCCACAUCCACACUUCUCUCUUAACGAGCCAAUCCUCCUACUUCCGCGCCGCCCUCACUGGCCCCUUUCUCGAAUCCUCCUCCAACACAAUCACCCUUCAAGACAUUGACGUUUCACAUUUCCAACUGCUUGUCUCCUGGCUCUACACCUCUGUGCUCCCUGCGCCUUUUAAAGAUGGACGACCCGCUUACUACACAUUACUACACGUAUACACGCUGGCGGACCGUCUCGGCCUCGAAGCUGCCAGAAACACUGUGGUGGAUGUCAUCAGUGAACUGGCCGAUCGCACAAACAGCGUUCUGACACCUUCCGAUACCCGCAUACUGUACGAGCAGAUUCGUGACUCGGCACCCCUGCGCACACUCGUACUCGAUCUCUUCGCCUUCAAGAAGACAGAUCGACUGCUCGAAGGACACAGUGAUUGGUGGCACGCCGCAUUCCUCCGUGACUUGACUGUGCAGCUCAAACGUCCAUGUGCACAGGCUAUGCAGCGCCAUCGUCUACGCAUGUGGUGUCCCGAAUCAUGGCACGUCUCUCGGUCCUGCGAUCAUUGCCGUGCCGUGCUUCCUCCGCGGUAUGGUGCCGUCGCAUGUGAGGACUGCUGCUUGGCGUUUUGUACGCGCUGCGUGGAGGCUGGUGUUGCCAUGGCCGGCUGGGAGGACGGUCGGGGCAAGUGGGAGGUUGUCGAGAACGAGGAGGCGGAUACGUCUGGCGGAGCGAGUGGAGAGGGAGGUGAGGUGAAGCGGAUGAGAAAGUGGGAAGCGUGCAAGCCAUGGAGAGGAGCGAGGUGUGCUUUGUAUCAUGAGCAUGAGGAAACAGAGAGGUGUGGAGAUGUGUUUUUAGGCCGUUAA